AUGAAGGCAGUAGGCAUCGCCACCGCCGCAGCGGCAUUCGCUGCUGGUGUCUCAUCCACCGCAGCAUACGUCGUGCCGGGUGGAAGCUUCGAGGGGCAACCCCUGUUUGGCAAGCUGCCCAACAAGUCUUCUCAGGCACACGUCAUCCGCGAUGCUCCGGGCGGGAGCGUCAAGCUGCCCCUGUACACGCACAACAAGCGUGACAGGAACAAUGUGGAAGAGACGAAGAAGUUUGCCAUUGCUCAGGGCGAGCUUGUUCGCAAGAAGUGGGCCAAGUACACUGCUGAGGAGCAAGAAGAACGCCAGAAGCUGGGCAAGAGACAGACCAUUGGUUUGACCGGCUACAGCGCUGAUGUGUGAGUGUCUGGCGCGUAAAGGUUGCCGCUUGGCCCACUGCUGCUCCUCACUCACGCCGUCCGGCUUGCACCCAACCCAUGCCUAUUCUAGCUCUUACUAUGCUCAAGUUUCCAUCGGAACGCCUCCACAAAACUUUGUGACGAUUUUGGAUACAGGCUCUGCUGACUUUUGGGUUGCAGACUCGGAGUGCACCAACGAGCAAUGUCAAGGAUCCGCGCUCUUCAAUACCGCAGCCAGCAGCACUUAUCGUAGCAGCGACACACCCUUUCAGAUUCAGUACGGCAUCGGCGCCGUGCGCGGCACGCUGGCUGCAGACACGGUCUCGCUGGCCGGCUACGUCGUUCAAGACCAAACAUUUGCUAUCAUUGAUCAGCUUGCUGAGGGUACCCUGAACGCUCCAGCUUCGGCUUUGAUGGGCAUGGGCUUCGAGACCUUGGCUUCGAGCGCAGCCACACCAUUUUGGGAGGUUUUGGCACAAUCCGGCAGGCUCAGUCAGCCUCUGUUCACUUUCCAGCUGCGUCGCAACAACAACAACCCGACCGUAAUCAGUGGCACCACCCUUGCAAGCCAGUUGCAGCCUGGUGGCGUCUUUACAUUGGGCGAGCUUGACAGCAACCAAUACACUGGCGAUAUCACAUACACUUCCCUCACCUCUCCAGCUUACUGGACCAUCCCCAUCGAUUCGUUCAAUGUGAACGGUCAGACGACCUCGGUCUCCAGCGGCUCAAACACCGCUGCCAUCGACACCGGAACAACUCUGAUUGCUGGACCCGUCUCCGCCAUUCGUGCUCUUUACAACCAAAUUCCCAACUCGCAGGCCGUGCAGAUGGAUGGUGGUGGCGACUCGUUGUACUGGGUGUACCCAUGCAACACCGAUGUCAGCGCUGCUCUGACCUUUGGCGGCAAAACGUGGAACAUCAAUCCGCUCGACUUCAACUAUGGCCUGUACGGCAACCGUGAGUAGCAGGGGCUGUGAACGGCUGGGAUUGCGUUCAUUGACGCUUCGCUCCCUCUCCUCUGCGACACAGGUGGAUCUACGCAGUACUGCCUGGGAGCCUUCUUUGCCACUGACCUCGGUGGACAAGGUCCUCAAUGGAUUGUCGGCGAUGCAUUCUUAAAGAACGUCUUUUCCGUCUUUGAGUCCAACCCAGCACGCGUCGGUUUUGCCGCGCUGCGAGGUGACAAUGCCCAGGCCGUCGCCACGACAUCCGGAGCGAUCCGGUCCGCGGGCGCAGCAGUCACUACCGUUCCUCGAGCUUCGGCCACGUCGAGCGCAACGGGUGCGCCUGGAGGCGAUUUGCCCACCCAGACCAACUCCAUCACUGGCAUCGUUGGCGGCUCCGGUUUGCCCACCCCCGUUGCCGGCUCCGCUUCCCCAACCGGCUCGGCCAGCUUGAUUUCUGGCAGCAACGCGUCCAGCGGUGGAGGCAGCGGAAACGGUGCCGGCUCACGCACUGCCACCAGUGCGACCCUCGGUGCUCUGGUCAUUGGCGCCGUGGCCGGUAUCGCAAUGGUCCUGGCUUAG